AUGGUUUUACCAAGAUUGUAUACUUCUGCUUCUCGUGUAGCUAUGCAAGCUGCCAGACGCUCCAUCCCAUUUUCUGCUGUUAGAGGCUUGGCCACUGCUGCACCAGCUGUUGGUAAAGUUAGAGGUGUUAUCGGUGCUGUUGUCGAUGUCCACUUUGAAUCUGGUGAUUUGCCAGCUAUUUUAAAUGCUUUGGAAAUUGAUACUUCCCAAGGUAAAUUAGUUUUGGAAGUUGCCCAACAUUUGGGUGAAAGUACUGUCAGAACUAUUGCUAUGGAUGGUACUGAAGGUUUAGUUAGAGGUACCAAAGUUGUUGAUACUGGUGCCCCAAUUUCUGUCCCAGUUGGUAGAGGUACCUUGGGUAGAAUUUUAAACGUUAUUGGUGAACCAAUUGACGAAAGAGGUCCAGUUGACUCCAAGAUAAGAAAGCCAAUUCAUGCUGAUCCACCAUCCUUUGUUGACCAAUCCACUGAGGCCGAAGUUUUAGAAACCGGUAUCAAGGUUGUUGACUUGUUGGCUCCAUAUGCCAGAGGUGGUAAGAUUGGUUUGUUUGGUGGUGCUGGUGUUGGUAAAACUGUCUUUAUUCAAGAAUUGAUUAACAACAUUGCCAAGGCUCAUGGUGGUUUCUCUGUCUUUACCGGUGUUGGUGAACGUACCAGAGAAGGUAAUGAUUUGUACCGUGAAAUGAAAGAAACUGGUGUUAUUAAUUUGGAAGGUGACUCUAAGGUCGCUUUGGUCUUUGGUCAAAUGAAUGAACCACCUGGUGCUAGAGCCAGAGUUGCCUUAACUGGUUUGACCAUUGCUGAAUACUUCAGAGAUGAAGAAGGUCAAGAUGUCUUGUUAUUUAUCGAUAACAUUUUCAGAUUUACACAAGCUGGUUCCGAAGUGUCUGCUUUGUUGGGUCGUAUUCCAUCUGCUGUCGGUUAUCAACCAACUUUGGCUACUGAUAUGGGUUUGUUGCAAGAACGUAUUACUACAACUAAGAAAGGUUCCGUUACUUCUGUCCAAGCCGUUUAUGUCCCAGCUGAUGAUUUAACAGAUCCUGCUCCAGCCACUACUUUUGCUCACUUGGACGCCACCACUGUCUUGUCUAGAGGUAUUUCUGAAUUAGGUAUCUAUCCAGCUGUCGAUCCAUUGGAUUCUAAAUCCAGAUUGUUGGAUGCUUCUGUUGUUGGUCAAGAACAUUAUGACAUUGCUACUCAAGUUCAAGAAACCUUACAAGCUUACAAGUCUUUACAAGAUAUUAUUGCUAUUUUGGGUAUGGAUGAAUUGUCUGAACAAGAUAAAUUGACCGUUGAGAGAGCUAGAAAAAUCCAAAGAUUUUUGUCUCAACCAUUUGCCGUCGCUGAAGUCUUUACAGGUAUUCCAGGUAAGUUGGUUAGAUUAAAGGACACUAUUACUUCUUUCAGAGAUAUUUUGGCAGGUAAAUACGAUCAUUUGCCAGAAAACGCUUUCUAUAUGGUUGGUGGUAUUGAAGACGCUAUUGCCAAGGCUGAAAAGUUGGCUGCUGAAGCUAAAUAG